AUGGAAGACAUCCAGAAUGAUUUGGACCUCAUCCGCACCGCCCUGGCACGGUUCAUUUCUCAGACUCCAGCAAAAGUAGAGGCAGAAGCAACAACAGCACCUACUGCCGCUGCUGCUCCGACCUUCGAUGACGCGCGGGAGGAGUUUCCUCAGGAAGGUGAAGCGGCUGACACCACCCAGACGCAACAACAGCAACAGCGGGCGGGCGCCACUUCGUCCGCAGGUGAUGCGGCGGCGGAGCAGGCGAAGGUGCUGGCGGCGAGUGAGGCAGCUCGCGCGCGGCUCGAGGCGGAGCUCGCGUCAAGGGACGCUGCCCUGCGGCAGUGUGUCCACGCACAGCACGCCCA